UUUUAGGUUUUUCUUUUUCCCUUUAAUGAUUAUAUUCUUGUCAGCUUUUUUCGAGUCCAAGAACCUGCUACAAGAGAUGGAGAGAACAUCAAUCACCAUGCGCCACCGCGGAGCAGACUGCCGUAGAACCAAAGUCCACUAAAAGAGAAGAAGCUCUGGAUUCCCACGCCUCCUCGAUCUUCGCAGGGCUGCAGCAGCUUUAAGAUUUUAGCCGGUCUUUUCAUAUCUUCGUAUCCAAAUUGGUAUCAGCAAAAUUCUCUCGUUGCCACAAGAAUAAAGUCUUGUAUAUAAAUAAGCCCCUGCAUGCUUAAACCGAAGUCAGGUUAAGCAGAAGAUGGUGGCUAGGAAGCCAAAACGGCUUGCUGAAACUAAAUUCUUCAAGGUUUUGGUCGAUGAUUUCAAGAAGAAACUUAGGAUACCACCAUUGUUUGUGAGGGUGUUCGAGAGAAUCAUGCCCAAGAAACCUAUCCUAAAAUCUGAGCAAGGAAAUUUUCCUGUAUCAGUGAAAAGUAACGACAAUGGCUACUUCAUCAAGCGUGGAUGGAAGAAGUUCGUCAAAAAUCAUGAGUUACAGAUGGGUGACUUCCUAGUUUUCAAUCUUCUUGAUGAUAAUAAAACUUUUGAAGUGGAUAUGUAUGGGCCAACUUGCUGCUUGAAGGGCCUGAAGCUACCUUUUCAUGAGAAAAGUAGCUGCAGGGAUUGGGAAGCCAAUGUUACACCAAACAAAGACAUCGCCUUCAAGAAAAAGGGUCGUCCUAAGUCAGGACGUCGCAAGAAGCCACAAGUUUCUGCAAGAAAAGCUGGUUUGAAUGCUAAACGAGGGCCAAAUGUCCAGGAAAACAAUGAAAUGAACGAGAGAGAGAGAGUAGCCAAAGAAAUACGAGCUAUGGAGCCAAAUCAUCCUUCUUUUAAACAGGAUUUGAAGGAUUACCAAAAAUACGGUUUGGUAAUGCGCAAAAGGUUCGUUUACGAGACAGGGCUGGAAAGCAAGAGGAACACGGUGAUCAAAGAUCCGCAGGGGAGGGUGUACACAGUUGACAUCAGCGUAACGGGUAGACAGGUUCGCUUAAGCACUGGUUGGUCAAUAUUUUAUAAAGCUAAUGGGCUAGCUACAGGGGACACCUGCGUCUUCCACUUUAUACCAGAAAAGAGUAAUCUCAUUGAAGUUCAAAUCCAUAGAAAAAGGAGGCAGAGAUGCUAAGACUGAAUUAACCAUCUUUGCCAAGAUCAGUUUAGUCAUAGAACUUUUGGCCACAGUGAUAAAAAGAAGUGGGAGACGGAGAAGGUAUUCAGUGCAUCAUUUUGUUUUUGGGUAAAAAGAUGGAAUUCAGUUGGAAGUUGAAAGGUCAGGAGUUUUUAGCCAUUCUGCAGCUUUGUUUUGGUGAUUGCCGUCUUGUGAAUGGAUUUGGACGAUGAUAAUGGAGUUCUUUUGCCAACAAAAGAUAAUGGGGUUUGAGUGAGACUAGUAUAUAUUAAUAUUUUAUGAUAAAUGUUAAUCAAAUUUGAAUAUUAAAAUUAU